GAAUAACAGAGAUUUUUUUCAGUGAAAGUACCUGAAUAACAAAGUGUGUUUCAUUGAAUGUAGCAGAAUCACCAAGCGUGUUUCGUGUACAUUUUCCCCGAAGAACCCUACACUCUGGACCCAAACACAAGCCAUAGUGGAGAUUUUAAUUCCUUUGGCGCUAGUUAGCAUGCUGAUACAACAAAUGCGGAAGACCUUUGGUGUACUUCCUCAACUUUUAAUUCAUGCCCUGUUUCUCCUCCUGCAGCUUCAAGCAUUUUGAAACAACAUCCUCCUCUUUUCAGCAGGCUGAGAACAGCAAUGAGAAGGCCAAGAUUUUGUUAGUGUCUCUGUGUUAAUGACAGAACCAGUGUUAUUGACAGUAUUCAUCUUAGUGCUAGUGACAGCGUUGGUUUCAAUGUUAGUGGUGGUCUCAGUAAUCGAUGUAAACUGUUAAAGGCAUACCCAGGUGCAUCGGGCAAAAAUAGAGAUCACUUUUGUUUCUUUCUGGAGGAGUAAGUGUUAAAGAAGAUGUCCUCAACCACGUUUAUUUCUCUCUUCCUCACUCGCUCCUCUACUCUUCCUCUCCCCCUCCCCCCUACCUCUAUGCCUCUUUUCUGCCCAUUUUCACUCCCUCUCUCUGUCUCUCUCUCUGUCUCUCUCUCGAUUUAUUCGAGUCAUUCUCGGAGUCUGCAGUGAAUUAGCACUGAGCCUCCCUCCGCCCCUCGGUAAAGCAGGGGCCCAGCCUGCCGAACAUCUGUGCCUGUGAAGGCUGCAGACAUCCUCCGACCGUGUGAGUGCUGUGGGCCAGUCUCUCUGGAGCUUGUGAGUGCUGUGGACGGUCUGUCCGACUGCGCUGGUUGCUGUGGACGGUCUCCCUGAGCCCGUGAACGCUGUGGACAGCGCUCGUCUCGGGCCGCGUCCGCGUGGUGAGGUGUGCGAGCGGCGGUCCGUCGGAUGACCCUGGUUCCUUGAGCCUUGUGGACUUCCUGUGCAGGCUCUGCGAUGCUUCAGGUCCUGUUCCUCAGCCUACACUUUGUUGUGGGCGGGGCUCAGACUCUGCCAGGCUCCUGCAGAUUUGAGAACGGCACCUGUGGCUACGUGUCAGACCCCUCCCUCUCAAAAUGGGCCCUGAACCAGGACGGGAGCUUUAUCGCAGUGGAUGGGCCGCUCACAGAGGGGAGAGAGAGGGCCGUUCUGGUGAGCCCGGAGCUGGAGAUGUCGGACUGGAGCUGUGUCAGGCUGGUCUAUCAGAUCACUGGGUCAGGAUCCCUGCAUUUCCACCUACGGCCAGAGGGGGGCACCUUUGACCAAACCCUGUGGACUGCUGACCAGCCCUCUGACAGCUGGCUGGUAGCCAGCAUCGACCUGUGGAACACAUCUGCCUCCCAUAAGAUGGUAGUGGAGGGCAGACUUGGGCGCGGAGCUAAUAACAGUGUGUCCAUCUUUGAAAUUCGCAUCGUUCCUGGAUACUGCAUAGAGUGUAACUUUGAAGACCCGCACAUGUGUGGCUACAGGAACCAGUGGAACCCCAGUGUGAACUGGUACAUAGGCAAGCCCAACAAGGAAACCCAGCCCAACCUGAGCACCUGGACAGGUUCCACAGGCCACUACAUGUACGUGGAUUCGACUUACGCCGGCAAACCACAGGAAGUGGCCCGGCUGGUGUCUCCCAUGACGACCACACCGCUGUCCGGCUGCUUGUCCUUUUACUACCUGCAGAACCGGGACGGGGGGAGCGAGUUCUCUGUCUUCACCAGAGACGUGUUGGGACAGGGGGAGGAGAUCUGGAGGCCGGGAAAUUACCACACCACCAACUGGACCUUAGUGCAGCUGGACCUCAAGGCCCCCUACCCUCUGGAGGUGGUGUUUGAAGCAGCCUUUAACAAUGCCAGCGGGGGUCGAGUGGCACUUGAUAACAUUUCCUUCUCUGCAGAGUUCUGCAAUGCUGAAACAGAGCCGACCUUUGACCCCUCUGUUGCCAACUGUGACUUCGAGUCGGGGUUCUGUGGCUACCAGCAGGCUCAGACAGGCUGGUCUCUGUGGAAGAGAGUGUCAAUCAAACCCAAUCUUUACAGAACAGGGGACCACACCACCGGCGCUGGGUGGUUCCUGCUGGCGAACACGCGCUUCUCCUCGCGGUCCGGAUACAUGAGCCGGCUGAUCGGCCCGCAGGUCCCGGCCCGGCUGAAGUACUGCCUGAGGUUCUACUACGCCCUGGCGGGGUUCCGCAAGACCGACAGCGUUCUGGCCGUGUACGCCUUCCACAAGGACAGCCACACCCAGGAGAAGCUCUGGACCAGCAGCGGGACCACCAGAGAUGUCUGGACUGAGGUGGACGUCACCUUCCAGAGGCCUGAAGCCGUCACAGUGUUAUUCGUCAGUGUAUGUAAGAACUUCUGGGACUGUGGGUCAGUAGCCCUUGAUGACAUCAGCAUGACCCUGGGGGACUGCUAUCUCCCCUCAGGGUCCUUCCUGUCCAUCUCUGGCCAGUGUGACUUUGAGAGGGGAGACUGUGGGUACACUCAGGAGAAAGCGGUCGAUACGGUCGACUGGGUGCUGGCCAGAGGGCCGACGCCCACUUCCUUUACUGGACCGAUGGGGGAUCACACCACGGGGAUGGGGCACUACAUGUACCUCGAGGCAUCGCCCAUGCUGGCAGGGCAAAAUGCCCGCCUGGCCUCCGGAGAUCUCCGUGGCUCCAGGAGCCCGCAGUGCCUGCACUUCCACUACCACAUGUUCGGGUCGGGGAUAGGCAGACUCAACGUCUACCUGCGCCAGGAGGGCCGCGACCAGGAGGAGGCGCUGUGGAGCCGGCACGGGGAGCAGAGCAUCUCCUGGUUGAGGGCCGAAGUGGACUACAAGUGCGAUCGCAAACACCAGAUUGUGUUUGAAGCUGUGCGGGGCACCUCAAUAAGGAGCGACAUUGCCAUCGAUGACAUCAUGUUUACAAAGGGACCGUGCAAAGCUGCAGGACACACAGCUUCACAGGCUGGAUUCUCCGCGAACUUCAACGACAUCGAGCACUGAGUGUGACGCUGCUGUUAAAAUAUAUAAACAUUAAUAACAUAUGCGAGAACUAGCCUACUCUUAUCCUCUUACCUCGUCGUACCUGUGACGAGAGGUUCAGAGGGAAGGGGGUAUAGUAGGCAGAACACAGACAGAAUAUUCCCUCUAUCACAGAUGGAAUAUUCUUUUUUUAAAAACAGAUUUUAAGGUGCUUGAAGUUGCUGUUAGCCGUGUCAUAGACGUGGCUCUGGCAUCGAGAUGACUGUUACGAUUUUUUUAUAUAUAUUCAGAAAAACAUUCACCUUCACGUCCUGCUAUCAUUCUGUUCUUCUCUCUUGCUUAUUGCCCAUAUCCUGUUCCUCGCUUUCACUUUCUGCCAAUAUCCUUUUCCUGGCUCAUUUCUUGCCAACAUUCUCUUCCUCUCACGCUCUAUGUAGGCAUUCUCUUGUGUCUCUGUUAUUUCUGCUUCCUAUUGCGGAGGACCUAGUAAAUACAAUAAAUAUAUACCUGCACACAACUGGACAGUAUCUUUAACACCUUCAGCGUGCUUCAGCACACACACACACACACACACACACACACAAAUCACAACCGAUGCAUAUAGUGAUGCUGUAUUUUUCCCGGUCAGCAUAUUUUGGACACCGAUUUUAGCACUUCCGAUUUUGCAAAGCUGUUUUUUAACUGAACCUUUUCCCAUUAAAAUGUAGUCAAUCAAAAGAUCAUUCAUUUUUAUUAGUGGUGUUUAAAAGAACACAAUAAAUAUAACAUCUGAAAAAGUGAACAGAACAAGCCUUUGUGAAAUUGAAAGUUGAAAGUUAAGAAGUUGAUCAUCCUCUGGAGAUUGUCACAAUUCAUAUUUUAUCCGUUUGUUAAAUCUGCUUAAAUCUUCCAGUUCUGUCACAUCACAUUAUCAUUACUAAUCAACCUGCUUCAUCCACUAUCCAUUACUAACAGGUCACUGCAAUAUGAAAGUGUACUUUCAUUUUUAAAAAUAAAAGAUACUUAUAUUUA